GUUAUCAGUUUGUCGGCUGCUUCGAUCCAGACCAGACCAUCUUUUUCAUCGCUCUCCCUGUCUCGCUCUAGACGGACCAAUCGUUUUCAAUUCCUUCUUGUUUUACCUGCACGGAUUACUGUUCGUUAUUAAACUAGUGUAGAUGCUGUGAGAGUGAUCGAAUUCGUUUUUCCAAGUUCCACAACAAAAGAUCAUCGACAUGUCUUCGCCAAAGAAGCCAUCAAGGAAGAAGCUUUCCAGCCGGCCGUCACACGAAGAUGACGCAGUGUUUCAGACGACUUCAGCGCAGUUACACGGGACGAUAGGAGCCAGCCGUUCUACCAAUUUUUCAUUUAAAAAGGAUUUCGUCAAAGAUUCUAUGGUUGUCCUCGGACCGGAGCGGACUUUUAAAUUGCGCAACCCCCUGGUGCUUUCGUCAUCAUCAGGUCUUCAACAGCAGAGCAGUGGUUUGCUUCACGCCAUGGACGAUGGCACGACAAGCAUCCGCGGCGCCUCCAUUUCACCUUUCAACACAACACAGAGGAUUCGUUCGGGCGAACGGGCACCUUCGACAAGCUCUUACAGUUUGAGCUCUUAUGACGAUAUAGUGCGAGAUGCCAGCAAAAAUGGAAGGCGGUGGCCGAGUAACCAUUGCUUUUGUCUACUGGGGACCCUGUUUUUAUUAGGCACGGGGCUCGCCUUCGGCAUCUAUUAUGGACUGAUCAGCAACAAACAAGAGAAGCUCGUUGAAUUCGUCUACCGGGGAAGUUUCCGGAUUGCGGAGGGCGACUGGUUCGAGCCCAAUCUUGCUGAUGUUAAAGGUGCUGCUUUUAGCACAAAAGCUCGCGAUUUCGAAGCUAAAUUGGACGAUUUGUUCAAGAACAGCACCGUCAGAGACAUUUAUCAUCAUUCAGAGAUUCUCACAUUUCAGGGGAAUGAAGAUUACGACCUUUCCGUCUUCUUCAACUUGUAUUGCGUCACAAAGAAAACUGCAAACGAUGCUUCGGAAAUGGAGUCCAUCUUGAGAGAAGAAUUGGCUGGGAAAUUCCCAGUAAACGUUCACAUCGAUCCCUCAAGUGUGGAAGUUAAAGCUAGGGCGGUUGCGAUCUCACCCAACGAAAGUUCCGAUUUGGUCGAUAGACGCACGGACAUUGACUCGGCUUCUGAGGGUACACGUCCAUUAGAGAGUGAUCUGUCAAAUUUUAUUCCACCUUAUCCAACGCAUCCUCCAUCACAUGGCGUCGACUCAACAGCUAGUCCGGGUAUUAAAAAAGGACAACAGUCACGACCGCUAUUGACAUCCUCAACCAUUCGACCAGCGGUGACAUCACCGGGCCCACUCAUUCCAAUCAGCAAGUUUUCCCAGUCGCAAGAUCAUCAAGAACGUUCGGGUUGUGUGCCUAUUUCGUUGAAUUUUUGUCGCCAUUUGGCUUACAACUUCACCUCUUUCCCCGAUCUGCUCGGACAUCGAGGGGCUCGCGAAGUUGACCGACUUAACGAAGCCGCAAAGUUACUAGUAGAAUCGGAAUGCUCGCCCUACAUCCAGCAUGUGCUGUGCCAUAUACUCCAACCUCCCUGCGACCCGGAUGCUCCAACUUCUAAUGGAUUCGUGCCUCCGUAUCCCCUACCGCUGAUGCCUUUCGCCCGUAUACCAAAUCAUCUUCCACCCUGUCGGAGUCUCUGUAUGGCCGUCAUGACGUCAUGCAAAGCCCGGUUAGGAUUAAGCCAGCAGAUUUCCCGCAGGCAGGACGUUGCUGGUAACAAGCUCCUGAGCAAUGAAGUUUCAGGCGGCUUGAAAGAUCUGCUCCGCUGCGAAUUGUUUCCCAUCGACGACGGCAUGGAUUCUUGCACAACUAAACCAUCUAUGAACUACGUCAUGGAGGCCGAUCCUAGUGAAUGCGUCCGUUUCAUGACGGCCAAUGGACAAACUGGCCGUAUUUGUGACGGAUUGAUGGACUGCCAUGAUUUUAGUGACGAGGUGGCGUGCAACUACUGCCCGGAAGGCCAAGUCCAUUGCGGAGUUGGGGCCUCGUGCAUUGACGUCAACAAACGAUGCGACGGUAUUCCUGAUUGUCCCAACGGGAGCGAUGAAAGAGGCUGCCUUACGGUUGCGCCUGAUAUGGCGGCUGCUAAUUUCGUUCAUCAAUACUUCCAUGAGGGCUACAUCGUUUUCACCGAGGGCAAUAACACAGGCAAGAUAUGUGUCGAUUCUCUCAAUUCGUCAUCGCUCAUGUCAACAGCCCGACAGCAAAGCUUCCUGGAGAUCUUUGGUGAAUCUGCCUGCCGUUCCAUGUCCUACCGGAUCAUGGAACGCAUUGAAAUUCGUAUCGAUAACGAACAUUCCGCGGACUAUGCCCAUUUAACUGAGCCGAUACGAUGGAGAGCCACAUUCCUUCGUGCUCCAUGUCGUAAACGCCAAGUGCUCUAUCUUUCGUGUUCGGGACUUGAAUGCGGAAAUCGGCCGGUUCAUAUGCAUCCUGACCGUCCCGGUACCGAUUUGACGCUUCUUCCGUCAGCUCACGGAGACUGGCCCUGGUUUGCCGCUUUAAUCAGAGAUGGCGUCCACGCAUGCGAUGCCACUCUUGUAGCCGAUCAGUGGCUUCUUACCGCCUCAUCAUGUUUCGACGGGCAAAAUCGAGCUCACUGGGUUGCUAGAUUCGCUGCUGUCCGCCUGACUUCCGACGCGCCUUGGGAGCAGGAGCGGCGUAUCAUCGGCAUGGUUAAAUCGCCCAUGAAGGGCAACCAAUUGGUUCUGAUAAAAAUGGAAACUCCCGUCAUAUAUUCAGAUUUUGUCCGACCCGUAUGUCUGGCCCGUGAUCAUGAAGCUUGGAUAUCCAGCCCUACAUCUCGCUGUCUCUUUCUCGGAUGGGGCAAAGACCGAGACAAUCUGCACGAAGUGACUGCCAAGGUCGUGCAGAAUCAAAAAUGUGACAACGUCACAACUCUAUGCGCGGAUGUUAUUUCGCCCUUAGAUACAUGCCGGAAUGAUGAAUUCGCCGGAAGUCCGCUGCUUUGCCAAUUGAAUGAUGGUAGGUCUUGGUCAUUGGUCGGAAUAUCUAACGAGAAUCGUCACUGCGAUCGGAGUUUUGACGACAGACAGCUCGAUCGAGUUUACCUCGGCGUUUCUUCAAUUUCUGAUUGGGUUAUGCAAACGGUACGACUAGCCAUUGCAGCAAUCGUCAUCGAUUGCAAAAACCGUAACGACUCGAUGGAAACCAAUCGGAUGUGUUUGAUGGAGGCCAGUGCCAAAAGUCAGCCAUCCCCCAAAACAGGGUCAGUCAAAGGCCGAUCGCACAGUUUAACGACCGUCCUACCAUUGCCUUUGGUACGUAUUACUCCUUCAGUGGAAGAAGAAACAGAAGCAGGUGGAUCAGAAAGCGAGCCGACCUUGAACCACCCUAGCUUACCUAUAAGCGAUGCAACCAAAAGGAUCCUUGAGAAGAAACCAACGGCCAAGCAUAGACCAAGAUUGUCCAUCCCGCAUAUCUUCACCAAUCAAUCAUCAUUGAGCACGUCACCUCUAUCAUCCACACCUUCAAUCUCAUCACUUCUCUCUGCUGCCGCCGCCGCCCGGAAUUUCUCUUUCAGUAUACCCCACUCCAUGCGACGUGGGUCUUGGUCGAAUCCAUUAGAGUCCAUGGUGUCAUUAAGCUACCGCACAUUUGCCAACUAUAUAGUUGAAGACAAUUUGAUUGGCCUCCGCGUUUUUCUCGAAAACCGCCAUGUCGUCGUCGACGAUAGAAACGAGAACGGAGCUACUGCCUUGGUGUUGGCAUCGAUCAAAGGCAAAAGUGCCUUCGUCAAGGAGUUACUUGCCCAUGGAGCUGACCCAAAUGCCGAAGAUUCCGAUAACUGGACGCCUUUGCUCUGCGCUGCAAAGGAGAAUUUCACCUCCAUUUGCGUCGAGCUGCUCAAUCAUGGCGCUGACAUUGAACACCGAGAUAUGGGAGGAUGGACCGCACUCUUAUGGGCGUCCUACAAAGGCUAUUUGGAGACGGCACGUCUGUUGAUUGAGCAGCGCGCCGAAGUUAAUGUUCAUGGCCAAUUUCAUAUCACGCCUCUCAUGUGGGCAGCUGGCCGAGGUCAUGUAGCUAUAGUCCGCCUUCUUUUGGAAAACGGAGCCAAAGUGAAUGCUGGGGAUAAGUAUGGAACCACGGCCCUGAUCUGGGCAUGCAGGAAAUCGCAUGGUGAGAUUGUAGACAUGCUACUUCAAGCAGGAGCUAACGUGGAAGUAUCUGGAAUGCAUUGUUGGACACCUUUACUACUUUCUGCAAAAGAGAAUGCUGCAGAUAUUGUUAAUAAAUUACUGGAUAGAAAACCUAAUGUUAACGCUACCGACAAAGAUGGCUGCGCCGCCCUGACUUUAGCCUGCAAGGAAGGCUAUUACGACAUUUGUAUGGCCUUACUAAAUGCCGGUGCCUACGUCAAUUUGCAAGAUCGAAGCGGAGACACCAACUUGAUUCACGCAGCUAAAGCUGGUCACAAAUCGAUAGUUGAAGCAUUAUUGAAGAAAUACGCUGAUGUGGACAUGACCGGCAAGGAAAGAAAAACAGCUCUUUAUUGGGCGGUUGAAAAAAAUCAUGUUUCAGUGGUCAAAUCACUCUUAAACUCGGACCCCAAUUUAGAAAUUUCCACUAAGGAAGGAGACACACCGUUGUUAAGAGCAGUGCGCAACCGGAGCAUCGAGAUAGUACAAUUACUGCUGGACAAAAAAGCGCGUGUUACAGCAGCCGAUAAAGAAGGCGAUACAGUGCUUCACAUCGCCAUGAGAGCCCGAUCAAAAGCAAUAGUAGAAGUACUCCUCCGGAAUCCAAAGCAUAGCCAGCUGUUAUACCGACCGAAUCGAAGCGGUGAAACGCCGUACAAUAUCGAUAUCAGUCAACAAAAAACCAUAUUAGGACAAAUUUUCGGCGCCCGACGUUUAAACACUAAUGAAGAUAACGAGAACAUGUUGGGUUAUGAGCUUUACAGUAGUGCACUGGCCGACAUGCUGAGCGAGCCGUCCCUUUCGAUGCCGAUCACUGUAGGGCUCUAUGCAAAGUGGGGUUCUGGCAAAUCGUUUCUUCUUAGCAAAUUACGAGACGAAAUGAAGGGAUUUGCCCGCCAAUGGAUCGAGCCUCAGUUGCAAUUUUCCGUAGUUCUUUCCAUCAUUGUACUGCAUAUUGCCACCCUUUUAGGCGUGAUAAUGGGCGUCUCGCUUGAUUCCUGGAUUGCUGGAUUAGCAACUGGUGGAGGCUGCUUCUUUCUUAUAGUGACAUUUCUAUACAUAGUGUACUGGGGUUCUGAAAGAUUUAGUUGGAAUUGGGCACAUAGUUUUGGACUCGUAUUAGCGAGAAAACUAGAAGCCCUAAAGUUGGUGUUACAAGUGACUUUUUGCACCCCACCGGGGCCGCAGUGGGGAGGUGAUAGCAUCCGUAUCCAACCGAUAAGAUUCUAUUUUACGGACCAAACUAAAGUAUCACGUUCGACGAGAGGGGAAAACUCAGUGGUUCAGAUGAUCGGUUCUUUGUUGGAUUCAAUAGAAGGAGAUUAUGGUGUUGUGGCAACUCGUCUUUAUCGUGCGUUCAGGCCGAAACCACUCAAAUCAACGUCGCCCUGGAAAUUUCGCCGUUUUUGUUGCAUCCCCUAUGCAGCUAUUUUCUUGAUUUGCAUCGAUAUUCUUCUGGCUGGCCUGGUGUUUCUUGCCAUUUACCAGAACGCGGAAAUAGAAGACCGAAUAGUAAAUUCAAAUCACGUCCAGUAUACACUGAUAGCUAUCGGUGUAUUCCUGGGUGUAGUAAUUAUCGCAAAUGGAUAUACCUGGGGUCGAAUCGUAAAAUCACUGCUUUUCUCGCAACGGAGGAAACUGCUGCGGAUUAUCGGCCGUCUCCAAUCUGUCAGAGCCGAAGGCUAUUUGCAGGCAUUGAAGAGGGAAGUUGCCAUCAUGGUUGAGAUGGUGCGUUGUCUUGACGCCUAUAGCGGGCAGCAGACGCGGUUGGUGAUGGUAGUUGAUGGUUUAGACAGUUGCGAGCAAGAUCAGGUCCUCUACGUUCUAGACGCUGUGCACUUGCUUUUCACCGAACAGUCGUCACCAUUCAUUACUCUACUCGCCAUCGAUCCGCACAUAAUUAUCAAGGCUAUCGAGCUCAACUUGCAUCGGAUGUUCAACGAAUCCAACAUCGGGGGCCAUGACUAUCUUCGCAACUUAGUUCACGUCCCUUUCUUUCUCCAAAAUGCUGGUCUGCGGAAGGUGAAAGCAGCUCAACAAGCGGCCCUUAUGUUGAAAAAUCCCGGUGGAGUACGCACAAUGGUAACAUCAAACAGUAAUCAUGCUGCUGUACUUAACUGGCUCGAAUCAGAAGACACUGCCAACAAUCAACCGGCUGGGGAUAAAGUUGUGAUGUCACCUCGACGAAUGUCGGUUGAAUCGUCUGCCCCACAGGGUAAAGGAUUGCAUCGAAAUCAUAAGCUUAGUUCUGCACUUCCGCCUGCCAUGGGACAUCGAAAACUUCGCCCAAGUGAGAGCAUGGAGAGUGGACUGGCCAUGGGCAAUAAUAACCGCGUCAUGGCUGCUCAAGACCUUACCAAAGUUUUGUUAACCGAUGAUUACUUCAGUGACGUAAAUCCGAGAAGCAUGCGUCGUUUAAUGAACGUCAUAUACGUUACGGGUCGACUACUUAAAGCCUUUCAAAUCGAAUUCAAUUGGUAUCACCUGGCGUCUUGGGUCAACAUAACCGAACAAUGGCCAUAUCGUACGUCUUGGAUCAUUCUGUAUUGCGAGGUCAAUGAGGACAAGCUUGACGACUGUACUACUCUUAAAGUCGUCUACGAACGUGCCAAACCUUUCAUACCUGUAUCUAAAGAAAUCGAACCUCAUUUGGAAAUUGACCGCGAUGAAAAGAAGUUUCAAACGUUUCUCAGUUUCCAUCGCAAUACGUUACAGGUUCUUCAUUUAAAGAUGUUUAUGCCGUUCACUAUUCAUUUGGACCCCUACUUACGUAAAGUGAUCAAAGAGGAGCGUUCCUCGUUCAUGGCUAUGCAAUCAGGAGCACCUGUGCCUCACACAGCGACGGCGGACGUAAAAGUAAAUGGCAAUAUAAUCCACGAGCAGCCAAAUCCUUCCGUCGGAAUGCACGUUCCUUGGUCAGUUAAUGGCCAGCCGUGGACCACGGUGACGCUGCCAACGCCUGAUCAAAAUAAGCCGACGAUGUAUCCAAAAUAUCCGUCCAUGGUGCCUACGAUUACUCAUUGCAAUUAUGGAGUUAUGCCAGCUACUGCCUAUGGGCCAGCAGUCAAUCAGUUGUGCUUGAAAUCUACUCUACCCAGUCGUCUUCAAGACAGAUCGCUCAGCUCCCUCACUGCUGAAGAAGUUAGCGAACUGUUGCGGCACUUGGAUGGAUUCAGAACAGCACAGGCCGACCAAUAUACUCGAACAUUCAUAGACAAUAACAUUAGUGGUCGCGUUCUGCUCAGUUGCAACUUGGAUGAGCUAAAGGCUCUGAGUGGAAUGUCAUUUGGCGAUUGGGAGCUCUUCCGUGUAGCUGUGUGUGCGUUGAGGGAGCGCGAAUUCCAGCCCCGUGUGGCAAAUAGCCCUAACCCACAACAAGCAACUGCUGGUCAAACCAGUACGACCCAACACCAGUCUGGAAACUAUAAUUUUUUGGAUGUCGACUUCGAGGGACGCUUGUCCAGAAGUAGCAGUCUCCGCAGUAACACGUUCGCGGGCACCGCACCAGGCGAAGUCGUCAGUGAAGUUGACGCGAUAAUUUCAGCACCCAAGAUCAACACCAAACGUCAAACGAACAUCGAGAAACAAGUAACAUUGGAAGACCAAGCCAUUUGCGGAGCAUUGCAGACUCUCAACGAGGAGGCUAUGGAAGACGUGUUGGAUGAACGGGAGGCCGAAUAUCCUGCCUGGAAAUGAUUUAAUGCCUAAUGUGUACGGCUACAACUCGAGCAACUUAUCUACCUGUAGUGAUCCAACCGAAACAGAUGUCCUCUAUCUGCAGACUUCCGUUGUUCCAGAUUUGCAUUUCCCAGCCUUAAGACAUGCUAAUAGCGUUCUCGGGUCACGUGGCCUCAUUGGAAAUGAAGAUUCAGUCAGUCUUGGAAGUUCCUUGGUAAGCCUCGCUGAACGAGGGACGAUGACUCCGGCUCGCCAACGUACCAUAACCGAAGUUGUUUGGCCUGAACAAAUAGCCUCAGCCCUCAACAGUGGUCUACGGUCACGGCUUAGCUCUAGCACUAGUCUCUUCCGUGCAGGAUCUCAAAAAAGCAUCCUAGCAUCGGAUGCUAGCUACGCUUUAUCGCGGCGUGAUUCCCAACGUUCCGUUUCAGAUGUGGGUUCUACCAAGCCCAUAUUCGUUUCCGUGGAUCCAUCAAACACAGCCGAAUCUAGCUGUCCAGUGAGUUCUGGGUUCAGCCCGUCAGUUGCAGGUGGAUGGCGCAGCGAACAAGGAUCUCCACGCCGUCCGGCUUCGCUUGUAUUUAACGAGACCGUCAACCCAACUCACGACUGGCUAGUCAAGCCUGUUAGGGAUACUCCAGAGAGCCCCACUGGCGAGAACCGCUUGAAAUGCACAAGUGGAGACAGAACACCAACGGCUUCUUCGAGUUCGCCGAUUAUUGUUCACAAACGUUUUUCGACAACUAACGUUGAAUUGUUGCCAGAUCAGAUUGCUGGUAAACUACAGCCAGAUAAGAUGACGUCAUCAAAAUCGGCUUUACGGUCGCCAUCGAAACAACGAGCGAGACGUACAGGCCAUCAUCAGUCUCGUACUCAUGUUGUACCGUCGCCAGGAUUGUCUACAAGUCGCCAUCCAAGUGGUAAAAGCUCCGACGACACUGACGAAGAUGGAGAAGAUGCUCCGCUAAUGGCAGCUAAAGAGUAUGUACAUCAUGUUCGACGCGUCCUUCCAAAAGCGACGGUUCUUGCAAUCAAGGAAUCUCGUCCUCUGAGCGCCAAUUCAAGCUUCCUCGGAAACUACGUUCAACAAACGGAAGGUGGUGGCGUUGCGAAUACGACCAAUUCUCAGCUGAGUCUCGCCUCACCCAUUGGGAGCAGUACUUCCAGCCUGGAUAGCCCUCUUGAUACCACUGAUAACGAAGUCUAUAAGACAGUUAUACCGAAAGGUGACUCAAGUCGCCGAGAGAAUUCGCUUGCCCUAAUGCUCAACAGGGCUAUAAAUGAAAUAGGAGAUACUGGAAGGGCCAUGGCAACGCCAAGCAAACCGGAACCCAGUGCUAGCUCGGAAAUGGAAACUGCCAACUAGCCUCAAUAGUUCGUGCUUUCUUUUUUUGUUUAUUCCCGAUAUACUCUUUUAGUUAGAAAUGAAUUUGGGAUGAAAGAUUUAGCUUUCGCUAGUUGCUCCAUAGCGAACUAGAAGAAUCUGUUGAAAUAAUUCCCUAGAUUAAGUUAGCGAGUGUUAUGGGCUACCAACUUGUUCCAGUCUAUUUCAAGUUGGUGGUCCUCGUAAAUUUGAACCAUGUUUUCCUAUCUAAUUCAGCCAAUUUUCUUUGAAGGAGGCUUUAAGUUUGUUUUUAGAAACGAACGAGAAAUUAGCUACCUUAGGUAGGCAAGGUGCACUGAAAGCCAUAAUCAUUUCGAUUUGGGUUGAAUCAGAAUUCUUACCAAAAUGGAACGCAUGUCCUACCAAAAGAAAAACGGUUAUGGCCGUUUGUUGAACAAUUACACAUACUGCAACAGAUUGACCUUGGUACGUUCACAAAUGCCGUUUUCAAUUUGCUGAUCUCUUAAAUUCCGAUUUGCAAAACUUUUAUUGCUCCAGUGACUUUUGGUUCGAAUUUGUAUAUGUAUUUUCGCUUCAUAUCCGCCUUAUACCUCGCUUGUUCAAGCGAUUACGUUAUACGGAAUAAUUCUGAUCGCCUCAGGAUCAACCCACCAGAUUCUCCUCCCGGUGGUCCAUCCUAUUUUCAGUUCACCUUUUAUUUAUCCUAAUCGAUCUAUUCAUUCUAGCUUCGUCAUUUGUCACGAAUUCAAUUCAAUUUAUUUCCUUCGUUGACAAAUGCGUGCAGCAGUAACCAGUCAAAUAGAUUUAGGUAGAUAUUCCUAUUGAACAAAAUGACACUGGAUUGACAAUGUUAUGCAAAACCGAAUUGUGGUAAUCCUACUUUCCUUCUGUCUGUGAAUAUCUAUUUAAUCGGGCCUGUAGUGUUCACACAUUUGUAAAUUGCUGCAACAUUCACGAAAACAAGUUUUUCGUUUUGUCAUGUCUUUAUUGUAAUACACAACGCGACAGCAUAA